UUCAUCUCUUCAGUCUUCGGCAACCUUUUGAACAGUAUGGAUCUGUCACUCUGUAAGUCAUCAGCUAGUGCCAUGAUCGUGAUCCUUCUCAGCUUGCUCAGUGCAGUUCAGGCCCAGAAGCUGGCCCUCAAGGAGUUGUAUACUCUCCACCAGUGGACAAAUCUGAGUCUGGGCGAUGACCAGGCCCUGGGCAAUCGCUUCUUGCCGGUGGACGUGGACAUUGAGUAUGGAGAUGAGGGAAGACAUCGCACCUUCCUCACGAUUCCACGGCUGGGCAUGGCCACACCCUUCACGCUGGCCACCGUGGUGUCGGAUGAUAACGAGGUUGUAGAGAACCCCAGGCUGGAGCCGUAUCCCAAUAAAGAGUGGCAUAUUCCACCCAACAAUUGCUCUGGCAUUACAUCGGCCAUUAGGACUUAUAUCGAUCAAUGCUGGCGGCUCUGGGUGGUGGACUCUGGCCAGGUCAACUCCCUGCAAUUGUGUCCGCCGCAGGUUCUGACCUUUGACCUGGUCAGGGACGAGCUGAUACAGAGGCACUCCCUGCCCCCAAAUACCUACACGCCCAGCGUGUCCAUCUUCACCGCCCUGGUUGUGGACCUGUCGGAGAGUGGCACACCCAAUAGAUGCGUGGGCGGCAAGGCCUAUAUAGCCGAUGCCUGGGGCUAUGGCCUUAUUGUGUUUGACUCCUUGACCGGCAGAUCCUGGCGCAUUGAGCACGAGUCCAUGAGACCUUUGGCGUUUGUGGGAUUAGCUCGAUCCGGUAGCUCCCAGGCGGGAAUAUUCACUGUGAGCUUGAGUCCCAGUGAAGUGGAGGAUCGUUUCCUGUACUUCCACACCCUGAACGCCUUCAAUGAAGUGAAGGUGUCCCUUGCCGUGAUCAACAACGAAACCAUCUGGAAAUCGAACAAUGCCAGUACAUCGCUCGAUGGCCACUUCCACAUCCUGGGUACUCGGGGUAUCCAAUGCGAGUCCGAGGUAAUGGAUCAGUCGGGGAAUCUCUUCUGCAGCCUCAUUAGCCUGGGAGCGCUUAUUAAGUGGGAGGAGAGCUCCAAUUAUACGGCGGAUGACCUGCGAGUGGUGGCCUAUAAUCCGCAUAAGAUCAAGUUCGUCACGGGUCUGAAGAUCAACCGGAAUUCCCAGGGAGAGGAGGAGCUCUGGGCCCUGAGCAGUGAGCCGAAACUCUUCGUGGGUGGUGCUCUGCCGGAGAACGAGGUCAAGUUCCAAAUAGUAGGCUGCCGCACGGCUGACCUUCUUGCCAAUACGCCCUGUACAGUGGGUGUUACUGAAACUUCGCCCACUAAAUUAGCAAAUUAAUUUAACAUAACUACUUAGAUUUAUUUAAAAUAUUUUAAAAAGAAAAAUUAUUUGAUUUUGGCCGUUGGGCCUAUAAUGCAAAGAAUUCUUAAAUUAGAAUUAAAAUAAAUUAAUUAAAGUGUAA